AUGUCGGAAGAAGUUGCAGAAGACAAACGAUUGAUUUCCGAAGCAGCUUCGUGCUACAGACGUAAAGAUUUUGAACAAUGCCUUUCUAUCAUGGAGAAACUGAAAAGCCGAAAGCUGAAUGAUACAAAAGUAAAGAUAAAUAAGGCACUAUUAUCGUAUGUAUAUAAUUCACGUUAUUCGCAGAGUGAACAAUAUAUUUCUGAUCUGAAAAGAAUUGCAACUGUUGAAGGAAUGAAUCUUGAUGACUAUAUUAAUAAAACAGUCUUAAGUAGACAUAAUUCAGGUCGUUCAGAUGAACCUCAUACUUCUAAAGAUCUGUUGUCGAAUACUGCACCUCACUUUAUAUCGAGAUCUUCUGUUAUGAUAAACUUACUGUACAACUACGCUGUUGUAUUAUUUUAUCAACAUCAGUAUGCUCAGGCUGAAAAACUUCUUGCUAACUGCCUUGGUAUCCCAUCAAACUUGGAAUCCGCAUGUGGUAAGACAUUGCACCUAAAUGAGACUCAAUUAAACCUUCAGUCACCGACAUGCAUUGAUCAAUCUUCUACUUUGAUACAAACAAUAGACCUUACACCAUCAAACGAUACUGACCUAUGUCGACGUAUCGUGCUUCUUUGGCUGGAAGUUUCUUUAAGGUUGUUUCGGAUGGAGCGUGUUUUUGAACUUUGUGACUACUGGAUUUUAUGUCUUAAUACGGCGUCAGUGGUGUCAGAAACAGCAAGUCUGUCAUCGAAUCCUCAGCCACUAACUUCUCCAUCUGAAAAUACCAGCUGUCAUUCAUAUAAUCUCAGUAGUAAUGCAUUGUCUAUGUUGAUUGGAAUUCAAAAACCAAUACAACUUUACUACAUUCGAGCAUGUUUGCUAACAGGACGUUUAAAUGAAGCUGAAUCCGAAUUAAACAUAUUCAUAUCAGAAAGUUAUUCGAUAUCAAGUAACAACUCUCUUCAAAAGAAUACUGAUUUUGAAGAAAAUUCCACCGAAGUCAAAAUUACGCCUGACGAUGUGGGUGAAAAUUGUCUGGAAGAGAAAAAAACAGGAAAUCCCACACAUUCGGAUUCUCAAAGUGACACUAAUCAUUGUUCUAAUAUUGUGUGGUCUACUGGAAAUUCUGUGUAUUUCCUUCAAGCUCAGCUAGCUUUUUUGAAGGGUCAGUAUAGUGAUGCCGUCAAAUUGCUUAUUUCCAUGCCAUCACCUUCUUAUAAUUCAACUGCUAUGCAUGAUUGGGAGUCUGUUAUUUUAAAGAAUAAUCUUUCCUUGAUUCAUCAUCGCACUGGUCGAUGUACCUCUGGUUUGGUACAACUUCGUCAUGCUUUAAAACAAAUCGACAAAACAAUCAAAACUGCUGUACAUUCAGAAGAAAAAGAUGUGUCUUAUUUACUCAAUCAUCAAAAUGGUUGCUCCUCUUUUAUUGAAUAUUCUGAAUUGUUUAACCAGAUGCCAUUACAUGUCUCCAGUUUACUUGAACAUUACGAAUUAAUUUAUAAUUAUGGGAUACACUUGUUAUUCACUAACAGACCUUCAGAAGCAUUUUCUACACUAUCACAACUUGUUCGUAUUUAUCCGAGAAAUCCUCGUCUAUGGUUUCGUCUUGCCGAAUGUUGUAUAAAGUUGUAUUGUCCACAUAAUUUAUCACUUUGGAAUAUGGAAUCAAGAAAACGAUGUAUUGUUGAAACCUUUGGUUCUGGUUCGUUUCGUAAAUUAUCACUUGCUUCUGUAAAUCCACAGGUCACCAAGUCAAAAGUGGAUGAUACAUUAUUAUCGUCUCCGAGUAUGGAAUUCGCAUUUCUGGCAUUACGUAAUGCAAGCCUAUUAAUUCCAACACCUGAUAAGCUUAUUACAAAUAGGUCUUCAAAUAAUGAUAGAAUCAAUUCAUCAUAUGUUUCAUCUCUUGUUAAAUGGUCGAAUAAACAGUUUAUCUCCACUUAUCCAUCACCAACACCAUUGUUCGGUAUCGGAUUAUUACACUUCUUGUCAGCUUUACAUGUGAACAUAUCGUAUGUGGCUUUGUGUUUAAACGAAUUUGUAGACGUAAUACAUUCUGCCAGUUUGAUAAUGGAUUCAAUGCCACAAAAUGAAACUAGUUCUACCCGUUAUUUAUGCCGUUUGUAUUGUGCUGAAGCCUUGACUUAUUUGGAUAAAGUAGAUGAAGCCACUGCUUUACUACAAAUAUCCACAAAUAAUCAAUUAGAUUCCAUUAUACGUUCUUUAAACGGUGUUUGUUUUGCAAUGCCAUUUCUUUUUCCUAACACUGAUUAUAUCCAUGACUUUUCUACAAAUAAUGAUUCAGUGAAUAACAACUCGGAUAUUUGCGAUGAGACUAACCUGUCGUUUCUUGUGAAUAGAUGUUCAAAACAAUCAAUUAUUCGACCUGUGGACUUUCCUUCUAAUAUUGUUCAGUCUUCAUCAUUAUUGGCUUACAAUUUAGCAGUCAUAUUAGCUAUUCAAAAACAAUAUUCUUUGUCAAAGCAAUACUUGGAUCUAUCAUUACCAGGUUUAUUUGUAUCAGCGAAUGAAGUAGAUGGUCGAAAAUGGCAUAUUAAUGAAUUAUCAGAAGAGGCAACUAUAACCAAUAAUUGUAAAUUAUUACCGACUACAGUUAUUUUACUACGUAUCUAUUUAGCUAUACGUUUAAAUGAUCAAAAACAUGCCGCUGAAUUAAUACGUGAGAAUUUCGGUCACUUUGCAAUGGCUAAUAGAUUAAAUUCAAUUCCUAUUUGUGAUCAUGAUGAAUUAACUUCUGUUCCAUCAAUACCACAAGAUAAUGUUGUUCCGUCACUAAAUCCUAAAAGUGUUCCUUUAACUUUAGUUGAUUUACAACAAUUGAUUAAAGGUCAACAAUACCAAUCAAAUUCUACUGCUGGGAUUUCACAAAUGCAUCCAGCAUCAUCCAUUCAACUAUCACAACAGUUCAAUAAUAAUAAUAAUAAUAAUAAUAAUAAUAAUAGCAGCAGCAAUAAUAAUAACUCCACUAAUAAUAGUAAUAAUAAUAAUCAAUCAAUUAAUUUAUGGACACCUUGUCAACAAUUUCGUCAAUCUCAAGCUCAGCAAAAUCAAACAAUUUAUUAUUCACCAUUGUUACAAACACAAUCUACACUUACUAAUUAUGAAUAUGCUAACUGUUGGGAUUCAUCGACACCACCGACAACUGGUAUAAUUACAGCUAAUAAUGAAAAUGAUUGGCCACCUUUAUAAAUUGUAUCUGAUGUUCAGUAUUAUUUCUUUUCUUGUUUGUUUUUAAUUUUAAUAAAUACUGAAGCGUUUUAUAAUCCUUAUUAAUGGAUUAAUUUGGUCGGUUUUUAUCAAUCUAGAAAACUUGUUAAAUGUACAAACUCAGGAGUAACUUUAUGUUUAAACAAAAUAUCGGUUAACUGUAAUAAACAGUAAUUAUAAAGAACCUCCUUAUUGUGACUACUAGUUUGAUGUGAUGUUCUGGAUCGCCCAUCAUGAUGACCCAGUUGAGCUAUAUUGGUUGGAACACUUGUCUCAGCAUGUAAGCCAGGUCUGUGGGAAAGGGGUAGCACUAAAAACAGCACUUAACGGCCGAGGGUGAUGUCGUACUGCUGGCUUUACAGAGAUCUGGUGACAGUAAGGUGUUUUCCUCAGACAACUAGCAUUCAGAGCGAUACUACCUUUCCACAACGGAAAAGGGAUCAUAAAGAAAUAUUGAUUCUGUCCUCGGUAAAAUCUUCAAAGUACAGAGCUAGCACAUCAAGAACUAUUCACAGAAGAGCCGUGUUUGACCGACCUUAGGACGUUGUCCCUGCAAUAGCACAUCCGGGUAACCAGGACAACUACUAACUCAGUCUCACAUUCAGAUGGCUCAAGAAGUAACUAAGGGGUAACAACCCUUAAUAGUUAAACGAUUUUAGUCUCAGCUAGUACGGAUCAGACCUAAGUACCCUUCAACUCAUUUUGGUUUGUCCAGUGGGAUUUUAUCAGUAGUCCUCAUGCACAGAGACAGUUUGGCUCAAACCCGAAUACAUAGUCGUGUACUGCCCCCGAAUGCCCUGGUACGGCCGAGAGUGGGGAGAGUCCGCUCUCCCUCUCGAAAUACUCUCACUUGGCCACGCGUAUACAGCCUCUGCC